GCGUCAUUUCCUCUGCGCCCCAGACAGACUGUAUGAUCCGUGUGCUGCUGACUGCUUUUGUUGUAAGAUAUAUAUUUUUGUUUUUAGUUAUCCAGAUAAAAAGUGAUCCGAAAUCAGAAUAACUGUUGUGAUGGCUGAAGUGAUUCAGAAGAAAUUACAGUCUGAGUUGGAGAAAUAUCAACUACUGCAAAAAGAUGUCAGUAAAAGUAUGUCAGCACGACAGAAACUGGAGGCACAGUUGACUGAAAAUAAUAUUGUUAAGGAGGAGCUUGCCUUGUUGGAUUGCCAAAAUACAAUUUACAAACUAAUUGGACCAGUUCUGGUCAAACAAGAUCUAGAUGAAGCCAAAGCAACAGUGGGCAAGAGAUUGGAAUACAUCAAUGGUGAAAUUCAGCGCUAUGAAACUUUACUGAAGGAGAUGGAAAAGAAGUCGGAUCAGCAUCGGGAAGUUCUGUCCAGCCUACAGCAGGAGUACCAGCGGGCUCAGGGUCAAGCGGUUGGGAAGGCCUAAAUGGAUUAUAACUCCGUUGGGACACUAGUCUUAUCCAGUGAAACUCAGAGACUGAAUGUACCUACUAAUAACCCAUGCUUGUUCACGUCUAUUAACAUAAUUCUCUAGGUUUUUUUUUUGUUUGAUGCUAUUAGGCUAUCAAUAAAUUUUGUUUAUCUA